AUGGCUCCGAUUAAGAGGCAGGUGGUUAAGAAGCCGGGUGGGAAGAAGAAGAAGCAGAUCCUGAAGUUCACCCUGGACUGCACCCACCCUGUUGAGGAUGGCAUCAUGGAUGCUGCCAACUUCGAGCAGUUCCUGCAGGAGCGCAUCAAGGUGAACGGCAAAGCUGGAAAUCUUGGUGGUGGUGUGGUGUCCAUUGAGAGGAGCAAGAGUAAAAUUGCUGUGAACUCUGAAGUUCCCUUCUCAAAGAGGUACUUGAAGUAUCUUACCAAGAAGUAUCUGAAAAAGAACAACCUCAGGGACUGGCUGCGGGUGGUAGCUAACACCAAGGAGAGCUAUGAGCUGCGCUACUUCCAGAUCAACCAGGAUGAGGAGGAAGAGGACGAAGAUUAA